UACAUGAAGGACAUCACAGUGGCUCGCCCCACCACGGGCAGAAAGAGCGUCCUUCAUCAGGAUCUGCUCCCGGUCUCAGGAACACCAAAGGAUCAGGCCCUGACCCUGGGAGGUGUCACCAAGGCUCUUACAACCGCGUGGACUCUGGGACAGGCAGCUGGAGCCAGGUGGAGACGCGUCUGGCAAGUAAGAGGCCCCCGAGAAAGCCUUUGGGAUCAAGGAAGUCAGCAGGCCCAUCCCUGAGCAGGGCCAGUGCCCAGCUCGUGCUGGGAAGCUCCUGAGUCCCCCAGCUGGGAAGCAAUAUCCCUAAGGCUGCCAUGCGGACUGGGAGGUGACCCCAGGCACCAAAGCUCCUGGAGGACACGGCAGCCGGCUCAGGGGAAGGAGACAGCAGGUCAAAGGGAGGAGGAAGCAGUGGCCUGCCUGGAGGGCCAACAGCAUCAGGUGCCCAGGGGAGCAGCCCCAGCCGGGGGACUGGAUCCAGUUCAGGCUGGGGAAGUGUGGCAAUGCACCAGACAGAGGUCCAGGGAACAGCUGUGCGCGAAGCCCUCUGGCAGGGGGUCCCCACAUGCUGGCUGGUGGGACCCGGCAGCGACGGACCGAGAGGCAGCGUCCUUGCUGGGGGAGCCCUCGCAGCCCCUUUGUAGACCCCUCCCAUGGGAAGACAUCCUCUGGGCGGGCACCAGCACCCCGUCCUCCCCCAGGCCGCGCCCAGGGCCCAGAUGUGAUCAGGGGGCCCACACCAGUCCCUCACCAGUGGCCGUCCAAACAGACCUUCGCAGGACCCCUUAUGAGCCCACCUGGGGCCAGGACAAGAGCACUGAGGCCACACAGCGACGAGGGGUGGGCACCCCAGAAGUCAACCCGGCCGGCAGUGGAGACAGCGUGGUCCCGGCUGCCUGUCAUGUGGUGGCUUGCGAUGCUCACGUGCAGGGAGGAGGGAGGUGAGACUGUGACCUCCCCCGGCCAAGGUCAAGGGCACAGGGCAGGGGCAGGGAGGGUGGAGCAUACACCCUGUUCUGGCCUCCCCUGGCUCCCUCAAUCGGCUUUAUUAUCUGAAUCACAAUAUCAGGAUUUUAAUACUUAAAACAGAUUCGAAUUAGCGUAACUGGCCCUAAGUGGAAAUAAAUUCAUGUUAGUGCAUCAGAAGUUUCUCCAGACAAUUAGAACCUGAACUAAAUUGAAUUAAUAUCUGAUCUCUCCUCUUCUCACCCGAGAACUUGCUUUCCAGAAGGGGUGGGCACUCGUGUGGCCGUGGGCAGCAGACACACCCUUUCUGGAGGGCGGCACCUGGACCGGCCCACCGUGGGCUCUGGGAGACAGGGAGAGCAGGAGACAGAAGGGAAACUGAGGCACUCAAGGGCAGUGUGGCCAAAGCUGGAAGAGGGAGUGAAACAGGCUGACCACAGGCAUCCAGGCGGUUGUGGACACCAGACAGGGCGGCCUGGGGGCCCUUUGCCGGGUGGGCCGGCCAAGUCACUGCUGUGGACACAGGGCUGAUCUUUGGGUGCCACAGACAGGCUUUGAGGGGUCACCAGGCACAGGUCUGAGCCAGAUAGUUGCAUCCACAUCUAGCCUAACGCCCCUGACAAUCUCCGAUUGCAGGUGGAGGUGGCUGUGUCACACGUGGAGAAAACCAGAGGCCACGCCCAAGGUCACAGAGGGGCGAAUGGCCAACAGGGACCCCAUCCAGGGGCCCAGCCAGGAGGGGUGGAGCGUUCGGCCUUGGCUGGGGUGGAACGUUCUAGUGCUCUUCAGCAGCCAGUGGAGGGCUGGGCCAGGCAGUGCUCAAGCUGCAAAGUCCCAGGUGGAAAGACCUCAGCCCCUCCCCCAGGACCCCCCUCCCCCCCAUAUCCGUGGCCCCACUGAGAGCCCUUCCUCCCCGUCGGGGACCCCACGUGCCUGCGGCCCCCGCCUGGCCCAUUGCUCAGAAAGACUCUGUACACACGGUGGGUCCACUGUCCUGCCCAAGGUCAGCGCUGAGCCUGGAGCCUGUGUCUUCCAGUUUGGUUUGAUCAGGCCGCAGGUUUUUGAGGUGCAGGGUUUUGAAGGACGAAGAAGGAAGGUGAGGAGACCGGAGACACUCUGGGGCACAGGGGGUACGCGGGGAGCCCCAGAGGGCAGCCCCAAAUCUCCACCCGGGUGGGUCCCAGGGCCACCAGCAGGACUCACUUUGCCCCAUCCCUGCAGGGGUCUGGCGGGGAGGAACACCGCGUCUGGAGGGCCAUCCAGGGACCCCCAAACCAGCCUUUCUGGCCACUGGUGGGACAUCAUUGGUGUGGGGACGGUCAGACUUCUGGGUGCCGAGCCCAGACCCUUGGUCCCCUCUGACCCGCCUUUAUCAGAGCGACUCAGGGAGAAGCCAAGUCCACCGAGACCUUCACCACAAGGAGCGCUGGGGAUUCUUCUCAGGCCUUGGGAGCUUCUCCCAGACCAGCCGUGGGCCACCUGCACCCGCCUGCCACCCCCAACCAUGAAUGGAGCCUCACGCGGCCUGAGUCUGCCCAGGCCCUCCCCCUCCAGGCCACCUGCACUCCCACUUUGCAGAGGAGGACAUCUCGGGCUCAAAGAAUGA